UUGUUUGGCGACCGCCAAAAAAAAACACAGAAGAAGAAGAAGAAGAAACAGCAGAAGAAGAAGAGAUUGUGUAGCAUCGAAACAAACAACGUGUGUUGAAGUUACUCUCUGUUUAUUGAACACAGAAACUGUCUGACUGUCGGGACAUUUUCCUCUGGAAGAACUCAAACGUGUAAAUGGAGGAGGCACUCGUUCGAGCCAGGAUUCCUCGGGAGCUGGGGAAGAUCCUUGGUGUUGAGUCCCAGAUCAAAUCUAAAGCAGAGGCCUUCACUCAGGCGUUCCUCAAGAACAGCAUCCAGCAGCCCACAAAACAUGACCUGAAGAGCAUGCUGAGUCACAAAGCUGUGGUUCUGGGCUUCACCAGGCCCAAAAAGGACAAGUCCAAGAAGAGCAGCAAGAGAGCCAAAGGACUGAAUGCUCGGCAGAAAAGGGAGCUGAAGGUCUUCCAAAUCAAACCUGAGCACCAGAGGUAUGAGCUUUUCCUGCCUCUGCAUGAGCUGUGGAAACAAUACAUCGUUGACCUGUGCGGUGGAUUAAAACAAACAAGCUGUCCGCAGUUUGUGCAGCAAAAGCUCCUGAAGGCAGACUUCCAUGGUGCCAUCAUCAGUGUGGUCCGCUCUAAGUGUCCAUCAUAUGUGGGGAAAACAGGGAUUUUAAUUCAAGAAUUCAAGCAUGUUUUCAAAAUAAUCACCAAAGAAGACAAACUGAAAGUGAUCCCAAAAAGGAACAGCGUGUUUGCAGUGGAGAUCAACGGCUUCGUCUCACACAUCUACGGCACAAAGUUUGAGCAGCGAGCCAGCGAACGCUCGGCCAAGAAAUUCAAAGUGAAAGGAACCAUCGACUUGUGACGGCACAGAGGGGUCACAACAAAUAGACAUUCCUCCUGCUGGCAGUGUGCAGGAGCAACUACACUGACUGAAUGCAGUUGUUAAACCACAUCAGGAUAAUUAUACUUCUACUUUUGGUUCUAUUUUUAUCCUUGCUGCCAUAUGGUGGAUUUCUGUUCAUGACUUCUUGUUGUUUUUCUUAUUUUAAGUUGUGUUUUUGGGCAUUUUUGCCUUUUAUGAUAGGACAGGUGAAGAGAGACAGGAAAAACGACCUGCAGCAAAUGGUCGCAGCCUGGAGUCGAACCGGCGACCUCUGCAACGAGGACUAUAGCCUCUAAAUUUGGGGCGCUUAGACCGCUAAGCCACCAGCGCCCCCCUUUUUUGUUUUUCAAAUGGUAUUCUUUUUCAAUGAUUCUUUUUGUACAACACGAUACAUCUCACUUCCAUCAAAUACUCUAGAAGUAUCAGUGUAUGUAUUAGAGAAUCUGAACAAUCUAGACAGUGAUUGCUGAGAAGGAGCAGAGUUAGAGAGAAGGAACCAUGGAAAUAAACCAUCACUGCUAGUUAUAGAGGUUGUUUUCUAAUCAUUCACACCCCUUUAGAGAAAGCCUGUCGAUGGGUACUGCUACUUUCAGUGCAGCUGAGCGACCUUUAAUCAUAGAUUGAAUCAUACAUGGACCACGUCUCCGUGAUGUCACCUAUUGGUUCCUGAAGCAGAGUUCUGAAGCUUCUCAUCGCAGUAUGGUGGUCCCCAGAAAAUGAGAAGUAAUAUUUACAGUACAAUCGGCUUUAUUUUCCAUGUUAAUGUGUGCCCAUUUCUCUCUCCGUACACACUCUAUUACUCAUUAUCUUUGAAGAUAUUAAAUUUACAGGUUCAUUAUUAAGUGCAUAUCUGAAUUGACAGACUGUAGGUGUUGAAGUGGAGGUUAAAAAUGAACUCAACUACAAAUGAUAAAAAGCAUGUAACUGUUUGUGAAA